AUUUAUAUUUUCUAUUGUUGACCAAUUUACAAGUUCCUUCUUCACCAAACUCUCUUUUUCACGUACACUCAAAAAAAAAAAAAAUUCUCUUUUUCACCUUAUAGAACCAAACCCUUCUUUCUCCUCUUAAUACUUAAUAAAAUCCCCACAUACUUCUUCAAAAAUCCCAGCAACUAAAGAAUUUCACUUUCUAGUUUCCAUUAUCUUUCUCAGAAAUCCAGGAAUUCCAUUUCCCAAGGGCAGUUUGGAAAUAUUUGUAGAGAAAAAAAGAUGCCACCUUUUGCUGUACCAAACGGGUUUCGGCAAGCCAAAGGCGGCGAUUCAAACAUCGUGACUGUUAACGUGGGUGGCCAAAUCUUCCAAACCACAAAACAAACCCUAACCCUAGCUGGCGCCAAAUCCUUGUUCUCUAGGGUUUCCGAGUCGGACUCGGUGCCUUUCAUCGAUCGCGACCCCGAGUUGUUCUCCAUCAUCCUCUCUCUCCUCAGAACCGGUAAUCUUCCAUCAAAGGCAAAAGCUUUCGAUCUCCAAGACCUAAUCUCCGAAUCCCAAUUCUACGGCGUCGAAACCCUAAUCCUCAAUUCUCUCUCCAACCCUUCACAAUUCGACGUCUUUAACCUCGAGAAAUCGCUGAUUCUGCCCCUCAACGGCCGCGAUUCACCGUCGGCGAUCUCCACCACGCCGUUCGGGUCCGUACACGUGGCGCACGGAAGCAAGAUCACCUCCUUUGAUUGGUCCCUGAGGAGAAAGUCAACGAUUUUAACUCAAUUCCCGGCGGUGGACUCUUUGCUAUCGAUUUCGCCGUCGGUGGCUGCCGCCGGUGCCACCGAUUUCUCGGGGCUCCAGAUUCUCGACCUCGAAAAUGGGUCAGUGAAAGAGAGCUUGAAUUGGGAGAACGUGACGAAGUCUAGCUCCACUGUCCAAGCAAUCGGGUCCUCGCCUGAGUUCUUAUUCGCCAGCUUCGAAUCGGGUCGGCGAAACUCGAAUUCGAUCUUGGUUUAUGAUUUGCAGACAUUUAAUUCGGUGAUGGAGAUUGGUCAUAAUGAAAUUUACGGUGCUCAGAUUGAUUCAGCGAUACCGGCAUCCAAAUUGAGUUGGGUUUCGAGUUAUAGCCUGUUAAUGGCAUCUGGGUCUCACAGUGGGAUUCAAGGUGUAUUGGGUAAUGUCAAGUUUUGGGAUAUAAGGUCUGGGAGUGUGGUUUGGGAGCUGAAGGAGAAAGUUGAUUGCUUUUCGGAUGUAACGGUUUCCGAUAACUUGUCAGGGAUUUUCAAGGUUGGUGUGAAUUCCGGCGAGGUUUCCUUUGCGGAUUUGCGGAAAAUGGGUGCCGAGGAUCCAUGGCUUUGUCUUGGGGAUAAGAGGAAAGCGGUGAAUGGGAAGAAGGAAGGUGUUGGGUGCAAGAUUGAGAGUCAUGGGAAUCAAGUGUUUUGUAGUAAGGGAGGGGAUUUGGAGCUGUGGAGUGAGGUACUGAUGGGGUCUUCAAAUAAGAGUAAAGAUGGGUUGGAUGAUAGGGUGUUUAGGAAGAACUUGAUGGGGAGAGUGAAGGAUAUGGGAGGUUCCAAGAUAACAAAUUUGGGUUUUGGAGGGAAUAAGAUGUUUGUGACUAGGAAGGAUCAGCAAUAUGUUGAGGUUUGGCAGAGUUCUGCCAGGGUAUUUUGAUCUCAAAUUUGAUUGUUAAAAAUUGUUUAGAAUCAUUAUUCUUUUUUGUAAAUUAGUUCAUAGUUUGAUUUAUAUGUAAGCGAUUUUGUGCUCUGUUGACUGUAGGGACUAAAAAUUGUUUAUAAAGGGUUAGUUCUUUGAUAUUGAUAUGAGAUAAGCUAUUCAUUGUCUUCA